CUACGUGGUGAGGUGUGGAACCACUAACCCGGUUGUACACUUAUCACCAUGGUUGGGACCCGUAGUGGGUUAGAGACUAGCCCCUAUAGUAAGGAGCAGCAAGAAAAGAUGGCCGCCUUAGUCCAAGAGAAUAGGGAGAGGAAAGAACGUGAGAAGCAAGGGAAGCUCAAGGCUAUCACAGACGAGCGGGCGGCAAAGAUGAAGGAAGUGGAGGAGGGGAUGAAGAAAAAGGAGAAGGCUGCUAAAGAAGAAGCGUUAGCAAGAGAAAAAAAGGAGAGGAUGAGGAUCGAGAGUGGAGAAGGGAGCAGCGGUGGCACGAUGAAGAGGGAGAUAGAUGCGGACAUUGAGAAGAAGAUAAGCGAGUGGGUUGCUAAUUUAUCGUUGGGGGAAGACGAGGAGGUGGAGUCAUAUCUGACUGAGGAUGAGAAGGCCGCACAGGCUGCUGAGUUAGCAACCAUGACGGAUCCUAUGGAGCGAAGAGAGAGGGAAGACGAGCAUAAGGAUUUUGCGCGCGCAAUCGUCACCCACAUUGGGGGCGAAGUCAAACAGUUGAGGGACAAUGUAGGAAAGUUAUGUGAAGGCGCCAUUGAAGGUGCAAAAGCCAUAGCUGCUGUAGAUGGCGAGGCCAGACCCCGUAAGGAGUCUGUCAAGCUCAAGUUCCCAGACGCGUACGAGGGAAAGAAGGACGAGAACUUUGACAACUGGGAGGCCAGUGUCAAUAGUUACAUUUAUUUACAGCAUAUCCUGAUAGAGGAGCAAGUCCUCGUGGCCUUCCAGGCCCUGAAGGACGAAGCGGCUAGCUUCGCCAUGUCCCUUGCGCGCGCAGCCGGUUGUGAAAACAACUUGGUUGCAUACUCCAAAGUCACCCCCCUCUCUCUGUUCCUCAAGCUCCUUAAGGAGCGAUUUGCUGACCCAAUGCGAGGCGUCAGAACCUCAGAUAAGUUGCAGACAAUCCACUCACGACAAUGGAGGAGUGCCAAGGCACUCAAGGGUACCAUGGACGACUUAGUAGCCGUCCCGGACCAUGGGGUCACUGAGCCCCAGCUGGUCCAGUUGUUUUAUCGUGCCAUGCCAGAGGCCCUACGCGGGCAUUUCUUUGACAAGUCUCAGCAGGCCAGCAUCACUUAUGAUGCAUUGAGUAGAGAAGUCGUCUUGUAUGAGUCGAAGUCUAUGCUAGUUACCACUUUCUGGCAUAAGGACCUGGAGAAGGGGAAGAAGUGGAAGGAUCGUACCAUCUCAGGCCAAGUCAAGGCCAAGGAUCACUUGAUCCUGACAUUAGAGGAGGGUGGUACAGAAGAGGUCCCAUAUGAUCAGAUUGAGUGGGGCAUAGGGGAGGAGGACAGUAGUGUAGGGCAGGGGAGGUCUUACGCUGCUGUCGCGGCUGGAGGAAGGCCGCAAGGUAGAGGAGGAGGCCAUGGCCAAAGGGGUCAGGCCAUGGGAGGCCGAGGACCGGGCGUGCAAGGGGUUGGCGGCCAAGGAAACCGCCAAGUGGGAGGUAGGGACAACACCUUGGCACAUUGCUGUUUCAGUGCUCCUGCAUUCGCGCGAUUAGUCAAAAAGGAGCAGUUAGAGGAACAGGUCUUUGUAGUUUAUGUUAGACCUGUCACCAAGGCCCAGGAAAAGGAUAGUUCCACAGAUCCAACAAUUGUCAAGCUGCUGGAAGAGUUCAAAGAUUUGACUGAGUCCCCGACAGGAGUAGUGCCGCGACCUAUCCAGCACAGGAUAGAGAUAGAGCCUGGCAGUAGAACUCCUAAGGGUGCAAUCUACAGGAUGUCCCCUAGAGAGUUAGAGGAGCUUCGCAAACAGUUAGACGAACUCCUUGAAAAGGGUUGGAUCAGGCCCAGUUCGUCUCCUUCUGGAGCACCUGUCUUGUUUGUCCCCAAGAAGGAAGGAGAGUUGAGAAUCCGCAUAGACUAUAGGGGAUUGAACGCAAUUACUGUGAAGAAUGCUCAGCCACUGCCCAGGAUAGAUGAUCUUCUAGAUUGGGUGGAGGGUUGCAAGUAUUUCUCCAAAAUAGACUUGAAGUCCGGAUACCAUCAAAUAGAAGUUCAUCCUGAUGACCAGUACAAGACUGCAUUCCGGACUAGAUACGGGCACUAUGAGUUCAUAGUGAUGCCCUUUGGACUAACCACCGCGCCAGCUACCUUCCAGCGUUGUAUGAAUGACCUGUUUAGACCAUGGUUAGAUAAGUAUGUAGUAGUCUAUCUAGAUGAUAUUCUAGUUUUUAGUAAGACCCUCCAAGAGCACCAGGGUCAUCUGAGGCAGGUCUUGGAGAAGCUACGAGAGGCUAACUUCAAGAUCAACGCAAAGAAGUGUGAGUGGGCCAAAACACAAGUUUUGUACUUGGGCCACGUGUUGGACGGAGAUGGCAUUAAGCCAGAGGACAGCAAGAUAGCGGCAAUUAGAGACUGGCCGACGCCCCGCACGUUGACAAAGUUGUGGUCGUUCCUAGGCUUAGCUAACUACUAUAGGAAGUUCGUGAGGAACUUCUCCACUAUCGCCGCCCCCUUGCGCAGACUGCUAAAGAAAGAGGCAAUCUCCCAAUGGGACAAAGACUGUACGUCUGCGCUGAAGAAGUUAAAGCGCGCGUUAAUAGAAUAUCCCGUCCUCAAAGUAGCAGAUCCGUCCUUGCCAUUUGUCGUUACCACGGACGCAAGUCAGUAUGGGAUAGGCGUCGUGUUGCAGCAAGACGACGACAAUGGCUAUAGACCCGUAGAGUUCAUGUCAGCAAGGAUGCCCUGUGAGAAGGUUGCUACCUCCACGUACGGAAGAGAACUCUAUGCUCUCAGGCAGGCUUUAGACCAUUGGAAGCACUAUCUGCUUGGGAGGCACUUGAAAGUGUAUUCUGACCACGAGACACUUCGUUGGUUAAAGACACAGGCCAAGAUGACACCUAAGUUGACUAGGUGGGCCGCAGAGAUAGACCAAUUCGACUUUGAGCUCAAGCCAGUAAAGGGCAAAUACAACGUAGUUGCGGAUGCUCUGAGUAGGAGAUCAGACUACUUUGGAGCCGUAGUACACUAUCUGGAUAUAGGGAGAGAUCUGCAGGAGAAAGUGAGGCAAGCAUAUGCGCAGGACCCUAUCUAUAACGGCCUCCUAAAGAAAGGUAGAGAGGCCCCAGAGACUGAACCAGAUUACCGCACUACAGACGGGUUGCUGUUUGAUAAGAGUAAUGUGUUUGACCGCCUGUGCGUUCCCAACAGCGAAGAGAUCCGCAGUUUGACUUUAGGGGAACGCCACGAUACUGAAGGGCAUUUCGGUUGGCAAAAGACAUUAGCCAAUCUGAUGCGUGCGUAUACCUGGCCAGGGAUGAAGAAUGACUGCAUAGAAGACUAACGGUCAAACAGAACAAAUGAACAAGAUCCUACAGC